AUGAAAGAUUACGAACCGAUCAGCCUUUGCAAUGUUAUUUCAAAGCUCAUUACCAAGGUUCUUGUUGCAAGAUUUCAGGUUGUUCUCCCGCAUAUCAUUUCGGAAACUCAAAGUGCCUUCUUGCCUAACCGUCUCAUCAUCGAUAAUUUUUUAGUGGCAUUUGAACUUGUCCAUGCCAUUAAAAAUAGAACCACGAGAAGGAAGGGGAUUGCUUCUCUUAAGUUGGACAUGAGUAAGGCCUUUGAUCGAGUUGAAUGGCGCUUUAUUGAAGAAGUAAUGAGGAAAAUGGGCUUUGUAGAGCAAUGGAUCAACCUUAUUAUGACUUGCCUCUCAACAAACACUUUCUCCUUUACUGUUAAUGGAGAAGUUUCAGGAUCCUUGAUCCCAACUCGUGGCUUGCGCCAAGGCUUUCCUUUGUCUCCAUACUUGUUCCUCAUCUGUUCUGAAGGCCUUUCAAGAUUUGUUGCAAUUUGA